AUGUACACGGGUAUCGCGCUCUACUCCAGCUGCCUGCUCUUCUGGUGGCUCUUUAUGCGCGGAGAUGCCAACCGCUUGCAGGUCUCACGCUGGAGUAGUGUCGUUCUACCCAGCACCAAUACAGAACUCUACGCGGAGAGCGCCACUACCGGCAGUUCACCUGCUGAUGCGUUACUCGAGACUUUCGCGAGGGGCAUCGGCGCGUCGACCCCGGAGCUGCUGGAGCUGCACAGGCGCCACCACAUCCCGGACUACAAGUGCGUAGGGUGGAGACAGACGAGGGACUGUUCCCCUGACGGACCCAGAGAGUCCGCGAAAGAUAUGAACUGUGGAGGUAUCGUCAACGCCGGAGCGUCGGGCUUCUGCCUAUUGCGAGAUGAAACCAGAAAUGUUCGUUGA